AUGACCAUCUUCAUCGUCUCUCUGUUCCUCCCGCAUACCGUCAACUUCGAGCUGUCCGAGGGCUCUCAGCAGCGGCGCCCGUCGAGCCCCAGGAGACGGCAUCAUCGCCGUGAAAGCUCAUCGGAGCUCCAUAAAAGAGCUUACAACACUCUGUUCCCCCGGAAGCCCAGCACUUCUUCUUCACCCCCUAAAUACUACCUGCUCAAGGACCAUGCGCGCAUCUUCAGUCCGACCCCGGAAAGAUUGACGUCGUCGGAUCUUCUUCCCAGGUCUGAUACUGGGCUCCAGCAGCCAUUGACCCCAAGCGACCCUCACGCACCCCUCUGGGGCGCCACUAUGUCUUUCAACCAGCCCAGACCGCGUGCCACCCAGUCUCCUUCCUCUUCAAUUUUGAAUCACAAUAGCAUUCCUAGCCCGCCCGCGGAUUUGGUCCAGAGAGUGACUGCGCCCUUCCGGUCCGUGGAGCCUGCCGCGCCGCCGCCAGAAAAUGCCUUCUCGGAAGCUUCUUGGACCAUAGAGCCCUCAGAGCAAGGCAAUGGAGGUCUGCUGAAUGCCAUCCGAUCUGCAGUCGAUGAAGAAGUGCUCAAGGACAAGUUGUGGGUGGGAACCAUUGGCAUGCCCACGGACGCCUUGGAUGACCAUGUGAAGGAUACCAUUGCAGAAAGGUUGGAAGUCGACCAUGAAUCACUGACUGUCUACGUUACCGACUCCGAUUUUGACGGUCAUUAUCUUCAUUUCUGUAAGACAAUCUUGUGGCCCGUCUUUCAUUACCAAAUCCCGGAUAAUCCGAAGAGCAAAGCCUACGAGGAUCAUUCCUGGGUCUACUAUAAGGCUGUCAACCAGGCAUUUGCUGAUAGGAUUGUUCGAAACUGGAAGAGAGGUGAUAUUAUCUGGAUCCAUGACUACCAUCUGCUGCUAGUCCCGUCCAUGGUUCGGAAACAGCUGCCGGAUGCUAAAAUUGGCUUCUUCCUUCACACUGCUUUUCCCUCAUCUGAGGUGUUCAGAUGUCUUUCUGUUCGCAAGGAGCUGCUGUAUGGCAUUCUUGGUGCUAAUCUUAUUGGAUUCCAGACUCAGGAAUACUGCCAUCAUUUUCUCCAAACCUGCAGUCGUAUUCUAACGGUUGAGGCUGUCAAUGAAGGGGUCCAGUUGGAGGAUCGGUUUGUCAACGUUGGUACUUUCCCUAUAGGAAUCCAUCCUCGAUCACUCGAAAUCAGACGCCAAGAAGACGACGUUCAGAGAUGGGUUCGGACUAUCAAAGAUAAGUAUCAAGGAAAAUACCUUAUCGUUGCCAGAGACAAACUGGAUAAUAUUCGUGGUGUGAGGCAGAAGCUUCUUGCCUAUGAGCUCUUUUUGAACAAGUAUCCAAAAUGGAGAGAUUCUGUUGUCUUGAUACAGGUUGCAUCUUCGACCGCUGAGCAUUCAGAAUUGCAUGCAAUUGUAUCGGACAUUGCUACCCGAGUCAACUCUUUUCAUUCUAGCCUCGCUCAUCAGCCCCUAGUCUUCUUAAAACAGGACCUCCUCUUCCCCCAAUAUCUUGCCUUGAUCUCUGUUGCCGAUGUUUUCAUGGUUACCAGUCUACGUGAAGGCAUGAAUUUGACCAGUCAUGAAUACAUCCAUUGUCAGGAUGGGAAAUAUGGGGGCAAGAAGCAUGGUCCGCUGAUUCUCAGCGAAUUCACUGGCAGUGCCUCAGUCUUCGAUGGCCACCCCUUACUUGUCAAUCCAUGGAAUUACCAACAAUGCGCCGACGCACUCAACACUGCAUUGGAGAUGUCAGCUGAAGACCGGGAGCAGCAGUGGACCAAGCUUAACGAAGCUGUUAAUAUACAUACUACCGACAAGUGGAUCAGAAACUAUAUCAGCGCCCUGGACAACGUUUUCCAGGAACAGUCUUGUCGUGAUAAUGUAUCCAUUCCACGGCUUUCCGUGAGCAGCCUACGUAAGCUGUACAAAUUAUCCUGCCGGCGCCUAUUUAUCCUCGAUUAUGAAGGAACCCUGGCAUCAUGGGGAUCUCCGACUAGCAUUAUUCUUACGACCCCGAAACGUGCUAUUGAUACCCUGAACGACUUACUCGAAGAUCCCAAGAACAUCGUCUAUGUAAUGAGCUCACGGAUGCCAGAGGAACUAGAGAGAUUGUUCCGCCAAGUACCGGGCCUCGGACUGAUAGCUGAAAACGGCUGCUUUAUUCGAGAAGCCAACCGGGAAGAAUGGAUUCGACUUGUGGAUGACGAAGAGACCCAGGAAUGGAAGGAUAGUUUGGCCGACAUGAUCAACUACUUCCAUGUUCGCACUGAAGGUAGUUGGGUAGAAGAACGACAUGCCUCCCUGGUAUUCCACUAUGACAACGCGGAAGAUUUGUCCAUAGCUGAAAGACACGCCUCUGACUGCGCUAACCAUAUCAAUGACACCUGCCAACAGCACCAGAUUCGCGCCGUCGCUGUUGAUGGCGCUGUGAUCGCAGAACCAACUAACCACAACAAAGCUACAGCCGCGAGUCUAGUGCUUCAACACAUUUUAACCAGAGCGUCUUCGAUGCCCGGCAGUGCUCCAAAGCCUGAUUUUCUGUUCGUGGUAGGCGAUGGUCGGGAGGAUGAGGCGGUGUUUCGCUGGGCCAAUAAGUUGCAGGAAGAUGGUAUUAUUCAAAAUAUUUCGACUGUCACUUUGGGUUCGAAGAAUACGGAGGCGAAGGCUACUUUGACGCAAGGGGUGACAGGAGUCUUAUCAUGCCUCGGAAAGCUUGCUGCCAUUUCACAAGGCGGGGAAUUCAACAGUGAAUAA